CUUUGAGAUUGAAAAGCUAUUUAUAAGUUUUAAUGUAUUACAAUUACUUUGUGGAGUCUCUCUCUCUCUCUGAUGCACUAGGACAGAGUUUAUUGCUAGCCAGUGGAGAGGAAUGGUCCCGCAGAAGACGCCUGCUAACUCCAGCUUUCCACUUUGACAUACUGAAGGGCUAUGUUACCAGGUUUAACACCUCGACUAACACCAUGCAUGACAAGUGGCGUCACCUGUUGGCAGGAGGAAGAACCAACAUAGAAAUGUUCCAUCACGUCACCCUGAUGACACUGGACAGUUUGCUGAAAUGUGCCUUCAGUUACAACAGUAACUGCCAGGAGUCCACUAGUGAAUAUGUGUCAGCCGUUAUGGAGCUGAGUGACCUGAUCUUAGAUCGUCGCCAAAAGCUUUUACACCACUGGGACUGGAUUUAUUGGAGAACUAAACAGGGCCAACGUUUCAAAAAAGCCAUUAAUAUUGUACACAGGUUCACUCAGGAUGUUCUUGAGCAGCGCCGAGCCCUGAUCAGCCAACAGAAAGAAAUACAACAUGAUUUCACCACAACACCUCAGAAGAAGAAAGACUUUGUGGACAUUUUACUGUUGUCAAAGGAUGAAGCUGGGCGAGGACUAACAGAUGGGAUACAAGCAGAGGCCAACACCUUCAUGUUUGCGGGUCAUGAGACCACAGCAAGUGCAAUUUGCUGGACACUCUACAAUUUAGCACACCACCCCCACUAUCAAGAAAAGUGUCGACAGGAGGUGAUGGAUUUAAUGAGAGGAAGAGAUCGACAGAACAUGGAGUGGGAGGAUCUGUCUGGUCUGCCGUUCACCACCAUGUGCAUCAGAGAGGCUCUCAGACUGCACUCUCCAGUGCUGGCUGUCACCAGGAAGUACACCCAGGACAUGGAACUGCCAAAGAAUCGGACAGUGCCAAAGGGAGUGAUCUGUUUGGUCAGUAUUUAUGGAACACACCACAAUGGCACUGUCUGGACAAACCCACAUGAGUUUGAUCCUCUGCGUUUCGAACCCACCAUGGCGGGGCGGGAUUCUCAUGCCUUCAUCCCCUUUUCCUCAGGACCCAGGAACUGUAGUCAGAAAUUUGCCCUGGCAGAGCUGCGUGUUGGUUGUGGCAUUGACUCUGCUCAGGUUCCAUCUAACCCCAGGCUUGGACCCCAAACUGGGUACCACCUCUGA